UCGCGUACUGGGGGAUGUCUGACUAGAUCAAAGUGGACUAACGUUAAUUUAUGCGGAGGGAGUGGUAGUGCCUCGGUUUUGCAUGUUUGGAUGUUAAAUCAGACCCAUAUGUCCUGAUGUUAGUCAUCUGACUAUGUGUGAAGUGGCAGGUCAGAUUGGUUGCUCUCGCUCCUCCUUUUGUUUUGGCUUUUCACUGCUUACCUCGACUUCUUCGUCGUCUAUUAAUCUGAUUGUGAAGACUUCACUGGUCAUGUUAAGACUGCAUGCAUAGUGUCAGGAAUUUAAAUACGUACCUUUACAGAAUCCCUGUCAGAUGCCUCUUUUGUGAUCAUCUGUAAAAGAGAAUUUGCUGUCACUUGAACUGCUCUCUAAGGAGACCCCUGUCGAGACUUGACACCCAUUGCUUGCUCCACCAUGCGCCUGUCUUCUUUCCUGGCUGUUUUUCGGCCUGCUCUGCCUCUCAUCCUGGGCCUCUCUUUGGGCUGCAGCCUCAGCCUCCUGAUGGUGUCCUGGACACAGGGGGAGACCGAUGAUGCUUGUGGAGAUGAACUGGGCAAUGGGAGACUCGUAAACAGUGGUCAUAUCAGGGAUGUCCAGGAUGGUCAAGACGGGGAUGGGAAUGAGGACUUCCAGCCUCGCAUUGUGCCCUAUCACAAGGACCCCAACAAACCACACAAGAAAGUCCUCAGGACACGCUACAUCCACACAGAGCUGGGCAUCCGAGAACGUCUUCUGGUGGGUAUCCUGAGCUCACGCGCCACUCUCAACACACUAGGGGUGGCUGUCAAUAAAACGGUAGCUCACCAUUUCCACCGUACCUUCUUUUUCACUGGCCUCCGAAGUGCAAAGGCACCGCAUGGCAUGGCUGUUGUUGCUCAUGGUGAUGACCGACCCGUCUGGCUGAUGUAUGAAACUAUACGCCACCUCCACCUGCACCACGGCAAUGAGUAUGACUGGUUUUACCUCGCACAAGAUGAUACAUACACACAAGCUGAAAGGGUCAUGGAGCUGGUUAAUCAUCUUAGUGCGGGACAGGAUAUGUACAUGGGACGGGCCGAGGAGUUUAUCGGGGGCGAAGAACGUGCCCGGUAUUGUCAUGGUGGAUACGGGUAUCUGCUGUCACGUAGCCUGCUAGCUCGACUGCAGCCCCACCUCGACUCUUGCCGAAAUGACAUCCUCAGUGUCAGACCAGACGAGUGGCUCGGUCGCUGCGUCAUCGAUUACCUGGGUCUCAGCUGUGUGGAGAAGCAUCAGGAGAUGACCUACCGUUACUUUGAGCUGCAGAAGAACGUGGACCCUGAGCGCGAGGACAGUGCACAGUUUAAGAACGCCUUUACUGUCCAUCCCAUCUCUGAACCUGCACUGAUGUAUCGCCUACACAAACGCUAUAACCAGAUUGAACUGGACUGGACCUAUGCACAAAUACAGCAGUUACAGAACCAGAUCAAUAACAUAAGUGAGCUCACUCCAGAGGGCAAAGCCGGAGCCACCUGGCCCAUCGGAAUCAACCAACCUUUCCGACCCAAAACUCGCUUUGAGGUGAUCAGCUGGGAAUACUUCACCGAAGAGCACAUUUAUUCAUGUGCCGACAGCUCUCCAAAGUGUGAGCUUCGAGGUGCAGACAGGGCAGACGUCAGUUCAGUCCUGGAGAUGGCAGUGGGGCAUCUGAAUGAGCGCUAUCAGCCUCAGUUGCGCUUCCGUAAGAGGCGUCUGCUGAAUGGUUACCGGCGCUUCGAUCCCACACGAGGCAUGGAGUACGUGCUGGAUUUGGCCCUGGAAGCUUUUACGCAGAAAGGUCACAGUCAGGUCAUCGCCAAACGGGUGAGUCUGCUGAAACCGCUCAGUGCUGUCGAGAUCAUCCCAAUGCCAUAUGUAACAGAAGCGACUCAGGUACAGGUGAUCCUCCCUGUGACGGCACACGAUCAAGACUUUGUGGGUAACUUCCUUGACAUGUAUGUCAUGAAUGCUCUGGAUACCCAUGACAAUGCCCUUCUCACCUUCUUGUUUGUGUACGACCCCUUCGAUGCCCAAAGAGUCAGCCAGACGGACGUCUUUUCAGGUAUCAAAGCCAUGAUUGGUGAGGUAGAGAAACGUUACGGUGAUGUAAAGAUUCCUUGGAUUAGUGUAAAGACUGAAGUUCCCACACAGGUCAAACUGAUGGACAUCAUCUCCAAGAAGCACCCAGUAGACACCCUUUUCUUCCUGGCCAGCGUUUGGACCGAGAUCAAUGCUGACUUCCUUAAUCGCUGCCGUAUGAAUGCUAUCAGCAAUUGGCAGGUCUUCUUCCCGAUCCACUUUCAAGAGUACAGUCCCGCCCUGGUCUACCGCGACCAACAGCCUUCCGCCGCUUCAUCAUUUGCGUCCGAGUCAUUGCGCGAUGGCCACUUUGACCGCCACGUCUUUGAAGAAGCCUGCUUCUACAAUGCAGAUUAUAUGGCUGCCCGCACAAAAAUGGCGGCUGACAUCUUGGACAAUGAUGAGUUGCUUGAGAGCAUGGACGUCUAUGAGAUCUUUGUGCGUUAUUCGGGGCUGCACGUGUUUCGGGCUGUCGAGCCAGCACUAGUUCAGAAGUAUGUGCACAGAGAAUGUAACCCGCGGUUCAGUGAGGACAUCUAUCACCGCUGUGUGCUCAGUAACCUCGAGGGGCUGGCCUCUCGCUCACACCUAGCGAUGGCUCUGUUUGAACAGGAUCAGACUAACAGCACCUGAACUGACAACUACUGCAACCCUAAGAUGGCUUAAACGUCUUGAUUCUCAUUUAGGUGGCCUUAAAUGACCUACUGAUAUUGACCGCGGGAAAUUCACCCUGAUGCUGUGAACUUCGCUGCACAGAUCAUCCAGUCAUCGAAGUUCAACCAAACACGGUGAAGUCGUCUUGUGAAAAGUUUUUCAAAAUCUGUAUGUCUUACUUUCUUUUGAGGAACAUAGAAUACAUUUUGAAGAUUUUAAUUUUUUUUUGGUUUAUACAAUGAAUGUCAAAGGUUACCAGUUCUCUGUGUUCUGCAGAAGAGAGAAAUUCAGGUUAAAUAAUGACAGAUUUUCAAUUUUUGGGUCCCUUUAAGGAUCUACAUAAAAUUGUGUUAAUGAAUGUGUAACUAAUUUAACCAGAGAACAACAAACACUUGCUAUUGAUACCUUCAUAACUCAUUUUAAAUAAAACUUGAGGAAUGCAUUUCACCUUGUUUACAUUAUUACCGAUGAUUGUAUGCAGGAACCUGAAGUUAGCAAUGGAAACGCAUAAAGGACCGCAUUCAUCUUUUAUUACAGUAUAUAAACAUGUCAGACCUUAGGCGGUUAGUAGAGGUUCUAGUCUCAGCUACACAAGUAACUUGAGCCAUCUUUCUUCCUCCAGAUAUAUGAUUGUAUGACCUUUGAACAGAAUGUGCUGAAUAUUUCAGGACUGAAUAAAAAAAAAUUGUGAAA